AUGUCGUUAUUAAAUGAUGCAGAUUAUAUUAUUCAUCAACUUCGUGUAGGUUAUCUUCGUCGAGUAGGAGAAAGGAUAGGAGAGCGUGUAAUAACCUUUAACCCAACUGUUCUUUCAAAUGAUUACAUCAAAAUAGCUGAAACGUCUUACCCAGAAAUGCAUAAUUGUCAUUCCCCAAACAUUAGCAUAUCAAGCAAUGAUUAUUUUAAAUCCACCAGUUCUGCUUGUCCACCUAUAUCUGGUGUUCGUGUAAAAACUUACACAGAGUUGAGUAAUAAAAGUAAAGAUGCAAUAUCAGAAGGAUUAAGUAUUGGAGAUAGUGAUGAUGAAACAGAUAUUGGCGAUGAAAAUGGCAAGAAAGCACGACAAAUGUUUUCCAAGCUCCAUAUAAAACCUAAUGUAGUACCACCCCCACCGGUAUUCAUAACUUCUCCUUCAAAACCACCAACUUCUCGACAAAAAUUUGCUGGAAGUUCAUAUUCACCUGGAGGAGCAUUAAAAACUUCCCCUGAAAGCAUACUUGGAAUAUCAUCAAAUGAACAAACUCCACAGCUAUCCCCAGCUACAUCAACAGAAAGCGAUAAAGUAUUAGAAGAUAGACGAGGUUCAGAAGCCUCAUUGUUAACAACUGAUGAUGGAGCAGAGAUCUUAUCUUCUAGUCCACCACCAAAAGAACCAUUGUCCCCAGAAAAAGAGAAAAAACUAUUCCCUGAUCCAUCAAAAUUCACCGCCACAACCUCCACAAAACCAAUAUCUGCGCUUUCUGUUUUAAUUGCUGAAAAGAAAAGUAAAUUAGACAAUCCAUUCAGAGAAAAAUAUAGUUUUUUUGCAGGAAAAGGAGAUCUUAAUCCAAUAAAAUUGAAACUAUAUCUUCCUUUUUGUAAAGAACCUACCAAGCCACUUGUGCUUAUUGUAAAAAGGGAUGCAUCUGUUGAAGAGGUAAUAGGAUAUACAUUGUAUCAAUAUUGGGAUGAAAAACGGGAACCUAUAUUAGAGUCACGACUAUGUAAUGUUGUACAAUGGAUUAUGAGAAUUGUUGAGGAUGAUGGUGAAAUUGAUGAAGAUAUUGCAUUGGAGAGGACAAGAAAAAUAUCAAAAUUUGCUUUUGAUCAAUUUGCAUUAUGUAUAGCAAAUCCAACACAAGCACUUCAUGCCAAAAUGAGAUCGCCAACUAAAGAAUCCAUGACAGACCCACCUACAGCUAAAUCAGACGGAUCCACCAUAACAACUAUAAACGAUUCAACAACACGCACUAACACAUUAGGAAGUACAGUUGAUCUUGCUAAUCAAAUAUUUUUGAGAAUUCGACUUACACAAAAUUCUGAAGUUGCACAUACAACCACCAUUAAUGUUUCACCUGACAUGCAUUUCUAUGAAGUUUUGGAUGCAGUUUGUCAGAAACGAAAGUUGGAUAGUAAAGACUACACUUUUAAAAUUGCUGAUUCAAAUAUUUUCAUAAACUUAGAAAACACAGUUGAUACAGUUGGUAACGAACAAGAUUUAGUCUUGGUGCCAAGAGUUACAACACCUACAACAGGCGAUAUGCCACCUAGUCCAACUACUAUUAAAGAAAGGACAUCUAAACGAAGAACACCGACUGAUCCACCACAACCAUUAUAUGUUUCUUCCAAUGAAUACAUGUCUGUCUAUAAGAAAUAUUUGGUCUAUCGCAAAACACCAAUGUUUGUUGGACGUCAUGAACGAGUGUUGGCGAUUGAUGGUGAUUAUAUACACAUUAUGCCAUCAGAAACUAGAACAAUGUUUGAGUCGAUGAAAACAUCGUCUUAUCAUAUAACGGCUGUGUCAUCAUGUAAACCAAAUAAAAAAGCCCCAUCUAAUUUUAAAUUAGUAAUAUAUCGAGAUUCCGGUCUCAAAACUUAUGAUUUUGAGGCAGAGUCUCCAAAAACAACAAGUAAUUACUAA